AUGGGCCGUAAGAAAGGAAAGGCCAACGCGGCCCAGGACGGGACCCAGAACGAGACCCAGGACGGGACCCAGAACGAGACCCAGAACACGACCCAGAACGAGACCCAGAACACGACCCAGAACGAGACCCAGAACGCGGCCCAGAACGCGACCCAGAACGCGACCCAGAACGCGGCCCAGAACGCGACCCAGAACGCGGCCCAACGGCAAGCACGGGAUAUUCAGACACCCGUCUCAGAUCGUGAAGGGUCCCACGACGUGGAGAAGCAAAGAUCGGAACCAUCGAUUACGGAAGUGAAAGCACGGGACAUUCAGACACCCGUCUCAGACCGUGAAGGGUCCCACGACGUGGAGAAGCAAAGAUCGGAACCAUCGAUUACGGAAGUGAAAGCGACUCCCCAGCAGACGAGGUUUGCCAGAAGUCCGACUCGGGCGGGUGACUUCGCUCCAAAUGCAGGCGACCACCACUCGGAUGAUGCAACAGACGUUGAUAUUGAUGAUGCAUCUGAGCAGGAUGCCCCAGUCGAGAGCGAGCUGGAGCCUAUCAGCAGUUGGGUCAAGAAGAUCAUCCGUAGUGAAACUUUAGCGCAGUCCGACAAGAUGGUUGAGCAGUUCUUCACGGCCAAUAAACCCCAGUUUGCAGAAUGUGAGCAAUUCUUCCAAAGGCUCAAUCAGCAGAUCCGGGCGGCCAACGCAGAGCACAUGGUGGAUAACGUUGACACCGGCGUCAUCCCCGAAACCGGCUAUAACGGUCUCUGUCAAACUUGGCAACAAGCGGCCAACUGGGCCGUCGCAAGAAAAUCCCCGCAAGACUUCUGGGAGGCUUUCAAUACGACCCAUGAUCUCCUCAAUACUUUCAACAAGAGAUACCACCUUCCACAGAGUUGGAACAUCAACCUGGAAGCCGAUUUCGCCAGCGAUCAUCUGAGCAUCAAAUCGGAUGUUGUCGCUGAAGAAAGCAGUGUUUCGGGACUCGAUGCCUUGGAGGCAAGGGCAGUCAAACAGCAGCGCCAAUCGAAAUCGGCGGAAGUCUUAUACUGGUGGCCCAAAGGAACAGGGUCACAGAUAUUUGUGCGCUACGGAGGCCAGAAGGCACCUAUAUAUCGAAUUCGCGCUGGUUCGCAUGAACCCUACGACAAGACUCAGGUGAAGCGAGUCCUGACCUCACAGGCUCGAGGAACAGCUAAAGUAACGGGGACUAAGAAUGGGUUUCCCGAGGAAUACUGGAAAUACAAAAGAGAAGAUGUGAAAGACUUGAUCGGCGUGGGUUGGAAGAUAGAAGAUGACGACGAAGAGGGAUUGAACCCGCUCAGUUAUCUCCAGCCCGCAAAGAGAGCUAUUUAUCCUCAAACUCGUUGUCUGGUAAAGUGGAAGGAUGGUAUCACGACACUGGAAGGGCGAGCCUUUCUCCGUCGUAUCACGCAUGGCUCAGCACUAGAUGGUGACCGAGUGAUAUACCAAAAGGCCGCCGAACUUGAGAGUGCUUACCGAAAAACACAAGGCCUCGAGGAGCGGGAGGAUGUCGACGAGGAGGACCACAUAGACGACACUGAGAGUGAUGCGUCUUCCGACUCAGCGAGUUCGCUCCACAAUAAACCUCGAAGAGAACCAGUGUACUCUUCUAAAGCUUCAAAGAAGACUAAAAAUCAUCGGCGCUACGAGGACAGCAGUAGUAGUGAUGCGGAGAGCCUUGCCUCGCGAGUUUCGUCCUCAAGAAGACACCGCGGUGGAGCAGCCUCUUACCGUCAACCAGGACGAGGGAAGUCUGAGAGCCACGAAGCUACGAUCCGGAAGCUUGAGCAAGAGAUCGCACGACUCAAGAUGGGAAAACCAUCAAAGGGUUAUCGCAAGGUGCACUGA